UCCCUAGCGCCGCGCUGCAGCCUGGGACGGACGCGCCUGCUGCCGCCGCAGUCUGUGCGACUCCUCCCGCUCUGCCGGCCAUCACGCGGGCUGACGGCCAUGGAUGUCAACCAGCCAAAGCAGGAGCAUUUGCUGGCUCUGAAAGUGAUGAGGCUGACCAAACCUACCUUAUUCACUAAUAUUCCAGUGACUUGUGAAGAAAGAGAUUUGCCAGGUAACCUAUUUAACCAGCUCAUGAAAGAUGAUCCUUCUACUGUGAAAGGUGCUGAAACUUUGAUGUUAGGAGAAAUGUUGACUUUGCCUCAAAAUUUUGGAAACAUAUUUCUGGGAGAAACAUUUUCCAGUUAUAUUAGUGUGCACAAUGAUAGCAAUCAAGUUGUCAAGGACAUACUGGUGAAGGCUGAUCUUCAGACAAGUUCUCAGCGUUUGAACCUUUCAGCUUCUAGUGCUGCAGUGGCAGAACUUAAACCUGACUGUUGCAUUGAUGACGUGAUCCAUCAUGAAGUAAAGGAGAUAGGAACACACAUCUUAGUUUGUGCAGUAAGUUACACUACGCAGACUGGAGAGAAGAUGUACUUCAGAAAGUUCUUCAAAUUUCAGGUUCUUAAACCACUAGAUGUGAAAACCAAAUUCUACAAUGCGGAGAGUGACCUCAGUUCUGUGACAGAUGAAGUGUUUCUGGAAGCUCAAAUUCAAAAUAUCACUACCUCUCCAAUGUUUAUGGAGAAAGUUUCUUUAGAGCCAUCCAUGAUGUACAAUGUUGCAGAACUGAACACAGUUGACAUAGCAGGGGAAAGUGAGUCUACUUUUGGUGCAAGGACAUAUUUACAACCUAUGGAUACACGUCAAUACUUAUACUGUCUAAAACCAAAGCAAGAAUUUGCAGAGAAAGCUGGAGUAAUAAAAGGUGUAACUGUGAUAGGUAAACUAGACAUUGUAUGGAAAACUAAUUUGGGUGAACGAGGAAGGCUGCAAACUAGUCAGCUCCAGAGAAUGGCUCCUGGUUACGGCGAUGUAAGGCUUUCAUUGGAGACAAUACCAGAUACUGUAAAUUUGGAAGAACCUUUUGACAUCACAUGUAAAAUAACAAAUUGCAGCAGUGAAAGGACUAUGGAUCUGGUUUUAGAAAUGUGCAAUACUAAUUCAAUCCACUGGUGUGGAGUUUCAGGAAGGCAACUUGGAAAGCUGCACCCAAGUUCAUCCCUCUAUCUUGCACUUACAUUGUUGUCUUCAGUGCAGGGAUUACAGAGUGUCUCUGGCCUAAGACUUACAGACACAUUUUUGAAGAGAACAUAUGAGUAUGAUGAUAUUGCACAGGUCUGUGUAGUUUCUUCAGAAAUCAAGCAAAGCUGAAGAAAAAAUUCUGUAGUUUUACUGGGCUUCUUUUUAUUUUGACCAACUUCUUAAAGUUUUUGCAGUCAUUGUUUUAAAAUGAGUACAAACAAAAUCAAAUCCCUAUAUAGCUGUAAAUGUAUUAAUGAUAACUUAAUUUGUCUGAGCAUUUCUUGAAUGUUUUCAAAUCUCUUAUCUACUAAAAAUAAAACCUUUUAAAAAAGUGUAGUUCUAGCAUAUUAUAUUGCAUUUACAUCAGCUCAGGACAGGGGUAUGAGAUUGAUAAGAAAUACUAGCAUUUUGUGCUUUUUUUUCUUAUUUUAAUUUUUUUAAAGUAUUUAAAUCCUUUUAAAAUGAUGUCUGACAAAACUGCUUCAGUUCAAAGGAACUGACCUUUUACAGACAAGUUCCUUGAAUCCAAAUAAUAAAAAAAAAUAAAUAUAUGGUAUACCUGGAAUUGCAGUGUAUUUGCAUGGUACAUAUAUAGUCACAGGAAAUAAAAUCUGAUAAAGGCAUGAAAUGACAGAGUGCAGCUGGCACUCUUGAGGCACUAGGAGCUAAGAAGUGGAGUAUAAGUGGAGUAUAAGCCAAAAACUGUGUUUGUUGUGGCUCACUCUUUGAAGAGGAAGCAAUAUGACAAAUCAGUCCCAAUUAUCUGCAGUCAGGAGCAGAGAUGUGUGUCCCUGCAAUUUUAUUUUCCAGUUAGUGGGGACCUGAAUAUUAAAAUUGUAGAACUCAGUUUUUUAUUGUUAAAAUAAGGUGGUGCAAAUUAAUUCUUUGCAUCCUAGAGGCAUUUAAAUAGAUUUUUCAGAACAAAAAAGGAAAAAAACCACCCUGCAUUGCUGUCUUAGAUCAAGUUUCUCUAAAUCAUGUACUGAAGGAAGUUUAGGGCCUGGUCAAGAACUACAGUGCGCUUUUUCCCAAAUAAAAAAGCUUUGUUUUGACAAAAACUGGAAAUAAUUUUGGCUGAAAUAUCUAUGGUCACCCAUAGGUAGCUAUUUAGUAGAUAAAAUGGCGACUCUUAUCUAGUUUAACACUAGGUAAACUACUGUUAAGGACUCUAAUCAGCAGCUUGUAUUUCUCAGCCACCAUACUGUUAUUUAGCAACUUUUGACACUAUUUUAUUUAAGGCUUCUCAUGUACAAAAUCUUACUAUAGUAUUCAGUGUUAAAAUACUGGAUAAAUUUAGGACCAGCCUCAUAUAUUGUGGGACUAAGUCCAUACAGGAAACAGUAAAUUAGAAAUGUAUCUUGCCUAUGUGAUAAAAUCCUACCGACAUGAACAGGUAUUUAAAUAAUGCAAUUUACCUAUUUCUUGAGAUACAUAAAAAAUUAAACCAGAAGACCACAACUAUACAGACAAAAAAGUAUAUAACUUUAUUUAUAAUAUAUCUGCAAGUUCAACUACACAAAUUGAAGGAGAUGUAACCACAUGGCAGUAAGAGGUAGGAGAGAUACAGAAAUAGUAGACAAGUUGCCUUAUGCCAGUAUGAUUUUCUGUUGCCAUGAAACAGUCUACUCAAAGUUACAGAGCUAGUUCUCAGUAUGCAUGAGUGAUUUUAACUUUGCACUUGUUACAAAACCAAGAGUGCAACUGAAACAAUUUCUAAGCUGAAUUUUUCAUUUGGUGUCUUUAUGAUCAUAAUUAGAAGAAUAUACUCCCAUGCAAGCAGGUUAUAGGAGUUUACAACUGAUUGCAAAAUAUUUUCUUCUCUAACAAAUUAUCAUACUUAUACAGUGAUGGAACAGUAAUGAUUCAAAACCAAUUAGGUGUAAAUGUGGAUUUGCUCAGUUGAAUGAUAAACUGCAGUUGACCUUAGAUUAAAGCAGUAUUUACAGGGACUGUGGUUUACCACCUUAUCUAGCACAAUGAAAAAUUUUAGCAGAAGAUACAGAGCAGUUACUACACGGGAAAAGACUCCCUCCACACCCUGUGAUUAAGACAUGUUGCAUGAUUGAAACAAUCUAGGCAAUUCAUAGAAAAGCAGACUUUAGCAUAAAUGAUCUCUUUGUUCAUGGUUUCAGUGGAAAAGCAUGUAAUGACAGCUCCUGUUACUGGUUUCACUGUUUUUUGUUUAGGCUAUAAAGCCCUUUCUGUUAAUACACAAGAAACAGAGAAUGUUUACUAGUAAGGUAUUGUGCCAGUCAAUAGUAGUACAUUCCUGAAGGCUUAGCUAAUGCUGUUAACUUUUUAAUAUAUAUUCUGUAUUAGCCGAAGUAAAACCUAAACACAACAAUACUGUAGCAUGUGAAAUGAAAGUUACAACUCCAUGAAGAUGACUGCAAGAGAAGUUUUCACAUAACUAACUAAUGCUUCAUUCCAUUUAACCUUGGGGAUUGUUUUCCCAUGAAGCCAGUAAGCUAUGGAGCUUGUACUUGACAGUACAAAUACACAACUUAUUCUGCCCUCUUUGGCUAUUAACAUAUUUUGUAGUUCUUAAGGAUCUCUCAUUAAAUUCUUAACACUCUGUCUUACAGCAGAAAAGUAACUGACUGCAUGAGGAUUGCUGUUGCAAAGCAAUAAUUUGAAUUUGUAUAUUUUGAAUAGAAUAAUUUGAGUUUGUAGAGAUAUUGGCAGAGCUGUCCAGUCCACCAUGGAUUUUUUUUUUUUUUGGUUCUCCCUAUCAAAUUUAGUGAAACAUACUUUGAGCAGUUGAAGAUAUGACAAAGAAUUAAAAGGAACUGAGAAGUUUAACAGGGUACAUACUAGGUACAAUGCUUUUCUCCUGACACAACCCACUAUUCCAAGUAAUACCUGUACACUUUUUGUAACCCACCCAGAGCCUCCAUUAAUCAUCCUUCUAAAGGGUAUUCCUGUGCUACUCAGUGUAAUUGAACUUAAUUAAUUUCCUUAAAUGGAUUAGAUUCAAGAUCUGAGCCACCUCUGAAAAAGAUCUCUUUAGGAAUUCUCUUGGCAAUAGAUGUUGAGUCAGAAGCUGUUACUUGAAAAUGUGUUUAAUGUAAAGCUUAAGUAUCUCUACAGCCAGCAGCUACACCAAAUUAGAGAGAAUUUUUAAAAGCAUUUUAAUGUUGUACAUAGGCAAGCUAUUCAAUAAAGUAUGAAAUGUCUUAAAA